AUGUGGGUGACUCCCAAGUCCCUGUUGGUGGCUCAUGUGGCCUUCAACGGUGUAUCAGAUUCUGCUGUGGUUCGAGGACAUUACAAAGGUCAGCAAAUCGGCAAGGUAGUCCAGGUGUACAGAAAGAAGUAUGUCAUCUACAUUGAGCGGGUGCAGCGUGAGAAGGCUAAUGGCACAACCGUCCACGUGGGCAUCCAUCCAAGCAAGGUAGUUAUCACCAGGCUAAAAUUGGACAAAGAUAGAAAAAAAAUUCUUGAACGCAAAGCCAAGUCUCGGCAAGUUGGAAAAGAGAAAGGCAAAUACAAAGAAGAGCUCAUUGAGAAGAUGCAGGAGUGAAGAUGGCCUGUCAUGCAACCACAGUUGAACUGGAAAUGUCUGGCAUGUGCUUCUUUGGAACUUUUUGGGGUCUCUGGAAUGUUCCAUUGCCCUCCUGUUUUGUUAUAAAUCUGUGGCUCUGUAAAUCUGCUUUGCAAUUUUGAUUAAUAAUUUUUUGAAUAAAAAUUGGAACUGUUUCCUAAACUCAA